AUGAGACAUAACAGCGCGUGUUCUUCACAUACGUGGCCGCCCGGACCGAUACUACGUGUGAGUAUACUGUUGUCCGUUAACGGACCCACACAUCCACACACAGUUAAGAAGAGUCAAGGGUGGUGUUUCCCGUCGGAACUGAUAAUGCUAAUCUAUUCUUUGGGAAUCACUCGCAUUGUGGCUAAGAGCAAAUCGAUUGAGUCGAUGGCCGUCUGGAGAGACGACUCUUUUGCAAAGGAAGUGUCGUUUUCGAGUUCAGCCAACAAUUCUCAUCGCUUCCUCCAGUUUAUCGUAACUUUGGCCGCAAACGAGACACCAAUUAAUAUCAUCGUUAAUAUGUUGGCAGAGAACGGGUCCGUCAUUACAUCGCAGACACUUGAAAAGCGUUUUCUGUCGUUCAGGAAGACUGUCGACACCACGUCUGGGGCCGUAAGUGACGGUCAACUCUUCGCCGCAAUCGAUGUGACGAAUGGCACCGAAAUGCAUGGUUUGGUUCCUGAAGAUCCACAUCAUGUUUGGCGCACAGCUGUGGUUAAACAGCGUUCCCCUCAACAGCAACACAUCGGCCACCCGUGCGGUCGCACAGCC